AGGAGUGUCCGACUGUUUACAUCUCGUUUCGGGGGGCCGAGAGUGUUUUUCUUCUGCAUGAUGUCGGUGUGGAAUUAUCGCACUCUCAACCUUUGAGAAAUAAACGCGGCCAGCACAAAAAGUGACCCAGCGUUGAGACAUGGGAGGCCAGAUAACCCGAAACGCCUUGUAUGAUUCUCUCGGUGGUCCAUUCCCCUCAACCGCUCACCGAUGCCACCACAAACCCAAGCACUGUCUGCCCUUACAGCCAUGUGGAGGCGUCCCUUUGAGCCCCCUUCUGUUCCACCCCAAUGCUAAAGGCUCUCAGAUAGUCAUGGAUCUGGCACAGAGGAGCGUCAAACGGCAAGCCAGCUUCUGCAACGCCAUCACGUUCAGCAACAGGCCGAUAGCUCUUUAUGAGCAGGUCCGCUUAAAGAUUACUAAAAAGCAGUGCUGCUGGAGUGGAGCUCUCCGCCUGGGAUUCACCUCUAAAGACCCGUCUCGAAUCAACCCAGACAGUUUGCCCAAGUACGCCUGCCCUGACUUGGUAUCCCAGAAUGGCUUCUGGGCUAAGGCCCUGCCAGAAGAGUUUGCAAAUGAAGGAAACUUAAUUUCCUUGUGGGUGGAUAAAAAGGGGAGAGUGUUUUAUCGCAUCAACGAUUCCAGCCCCAUGCUGUUCUUCAGCGGCGUUAGGACAGCAGAGCCGCUGUGGGCCCUCAUUGAUGUCUACGGUCUCACAAGGGGAGUGCAGCUGCUGGAAAGUGAAAUCGUCCCUCCAGAAUUUCUUCGGCCACGAUCCUUCACCACAGUACGUGGAUCCACCUCCUUACGGUGUGAAGCAGACACCUCGCGUCUGUCCGUCAGUCUGUGCGAUCUCAACCUACAGCAAGAUGAUGCUAGGCUUCGACUUCCUCCUGCUGCCGUCGCCUGUCCCAUCCCUCAAAACUCCAUGAACUCCCAACAGUCAUCAAUGCUGCCCCACACCUUAGAAUGUGACCUACGUUUCCACCAGCUCCGGGGUGCCCACAUCAAAACCCUUAAUGAACAGACUGUUGCACGAUCCGAACACACCCGUGAAGAACGCACACUGGUCUUCACCGAUCGCCCACUUCGAAUCGGAGAAUCCAUCUUCAUUAAAGUCAUCAAGUCCAGCCCUGCACGAUCUGGGUCACUGUCGUAUGGUGUGACAUCAUGUGACCCAGCAGUUCUUCGCCCUAGUGACCUCCCGUACAAUCCAGAAGCACUGGUGGACCGUAAGGAGUUCUGGGCAGUGUGCCGGGUGCCCACUGCUUUGCAGAGUGGAGAUAUAUUGGGCUUUCUGGUCACACAGGAAGGGGAAGUGAUUCUGAGUCAUAAUGGCACCAAUGUGGGGAUGCAGGUGUGUGUGGAUAACUCACGACCGCUCUGGAUGUUCUUCGGACUGCAUGGCGCUGUCACACAGCUGAGGAUUCUAGGUUCCACUUUCUUGGGUGAUGCACGUGACCCCUCCAGCCCAGUUUCCCCCUCAGCAUCACCACUCUUACCCUCAGGCCUGUGUGGGGGAAGUCCAGAACCCAGCCUCACUGAACGGGCCGUUUCAGCUGCUUUCUGCAGCUCCACUGAAGGAACAACACCCAACUCGCCCAUCAGUCUCUCCAAAUCACCCACUUUCCCAUCUUCCUCAGGCUCAUGGCCGGACGAGUGUUCAAUAUGCUAUGAAAACACAGUGGACACGGUCAUCUACGCCUGUGGACACAUGUGUCUCUGCUACACCUGCGGCCUCCGCCUUAAAAAGAUGGCCAACGCUAGCUGUCCGAUCUGUAGGAGAGCUAUCAAAGACAUUAUAAAGACCUAUCGGAGCACUUAGGGGCCCCUCCCCCACAUCCAACCUCAUAAGGGCCAUUAAAGAUCUGCAAUUGAUCUUUAUUUAAAGUGAGGGGUGAUGUCACAGUUCAGGGACUUCAUGGGGUUUGUGUUCCCAUGGCUAUGACUAUUGAACCCUUGAACCUUCAAGGCUCAGGCAUCCAUUCACAAAGGUCUGUUGUAUUUCAUACUCAAGUCUCUGUUGCUAUGGUAACCAGGGAUGUUGCUGUUCCAUAAAAGAAUCUGUCUUUUCAACUGAUAUAAGACAACAAUAGUGGAAAUAUCUCAACCAAGUCAGGACAUUUCAGGAGAUUCACGGGAGACUUUCCAUGUAAGACAUUUUUGGUUUCCUUUACCCUCUCGGUGAGCCAUAAAAAACUGCAGAAGCCUUGUUCAUAGGUGCAUAUCUUUUAAAGCUGGAAUCAUGUUCAAUAGGGGUUGUCACAGUUUUUGAUUUAUCAUUGUUCUCUACUGUCCUCCGAGUCAGCUAUGGCACUUUCACAGAUGAAAUUUAUACAAACAACGUCUCAGUGUCUCACAAUUUUUGUCUGUGGUCAGCUGAGACAGAUAAGAUGUACAGUGUGCUCAUACCUUGCCAUUUCAUUCUAGUUGUGUUCCUUUAGCGUGUUUAUCGACAGCUUGCACUUGUUAUGUGUUAGUUGAAGUAAGUAAUGCCCUGUUGAUAUGGAAGGCUUUGUGGAAUGAUAGAGCACAACAGGGACUGCACACUUUUUCAGCGUUGGCCUCCGAGAUGAAUCACAACAAUACAAACUUACAUUCAAUGUUUUUUUUAAAUGUAUUUAAAAAAGAUUCUGACUAACUUUAAUUAACUUUUAUUUAAUGAGGUAUGUCUAUACAGUACAUCCCUUGAAGCAUUGUGAAUGAUAAUUGAAUAAAAAGUAAAGCAACUAGAAGAUAAAACUAUUGAUUUAUAGACACUGAUUAUAAGUUUAAAACCCUUUUGGACCCAUUUAGAACUAUUUUAGAAAUUGAACCGCAACACCUAGGAAGGGUUAAAGGAAUAUUCAAGGUUCAGUACAAGUUAAGCCCUGUGGCAUAAUGUUGAUAACCACAAAAUGUAUUUCGAUUUGUCCCUCCUUUUCUUUAAAAAUGCUUAAAUCUGGGUUAGCACUUACAGUGGAAGAGAAUGGGGCCAAUCCGUAAACGUUAAAAUACUCACAGUUUCAAAAGUAUAGCCACAAGACAUAAACAAUAUAUGUGUUAAUAUGAUGUUAGUGUGGUAAAAUCACUUCCUAACCUUUUCUGUGGAAAGUUAUGUCCAAUUUGAAAAUGUCAUUGCCAUGACAAUGUAAUGACAACAAACCCUAUAACUUCAAAACAACUGCAAAAUCCAUGAUUUAAACAACUUUGCUCAAAUAAUUCACAAGUUGUAACAGAAGAAUUAAUGUAAGUGCUUUUUCUAAAAUUAUGAUCUUCCUUUAAACCCUCCAAAAAUUGGCCGCAUUUACUUCUGUUGUAAGUACCUAAAAAAACAAUGGCCAAUAUUGAUUGAACGUUACCAUAACAACAUUUUUGCAAACUGAUCUUCAUGUGCCGCUUUGUACGCUUUGCUGCAGUUUCCUGGUGAAAUGAACACUAGAGGCAUUACUACUAUUCACUUUCACGCAAAUCACCAGUACAUCGGCUGAUUAUGACUUUAUAAAAAUUUAUUUUACUAUCUAUUUCUAUCGGGAAGACACGCAGGCUUGAGUGAGGUUUAAGAUGAUUUGAUGAAUGUAAAACUGAAAAGUAAUGUCUCUCUCUUUGGCGUUGGCCCCGUCUGGCGGUCCGAGGGAGUUGUACCCGGAACCAUCAUAUCCUGCCGGAGAUAGGAGGCAGGGGCGAGGAGCCUACCCCCGUGCGGGACGGGACUCAACUGGUGGUGGAGGUUGCCGGUUAGCACACUGAAACAGAUAUGUGAUAGAUUGUGAGCAGACUUAUAAAGCAACGGCUUACAUGCGAUUGGCUAGGAAUUACCCAGCUAAUGAUGUGAUGAUGUACAGCUGCUAGUCUUCCCGCUAGAACUACGCUGCGCUUCCAUUUCUCGCAGCCUGCUAUGUUAUUAUAUCAAAACACUUUUACUCUAACGCAUCAUUCGAAAAAAGAUACAUUUUAACGCAUGUAUUACAGACCCACUUACAUUUACACACUUAUUCAAAGUGAUAAGCUUGCGUGGUAGCCCAACUGAUAAGUGUUUGACUUUGGACUCGGAAACUGAGCCUUGAGCCCAGCUAAGGACGUUUGGAGUGAAAGUGAUAGUGAAGCAAAAGUGACAUAGAAGAGACACAAAAUGACGUGUUUGCUUCAGUAAAUGUGCUUUUAAUGUCGAGUUUGCUUUUAAAACACUGUCAGUUAUGUUUAGGUGUUGAUUUAGGGUAAGGAUUUUAAUUUGCAAAAAUGUUGCCAUGGUCAUGUAAAGUUCAUGAGAUCAGGCUGAAAAUGACAGUUACAGUAAGGCACUUACUCACAACAAAUGCUUUCGAUUUAGCUCAACUUGUAUUGAAUAUUAUUUCUUAUUUUAUUUAUUUUUUCCUUUUGAUUUUGGGGUGCAAUGUGACCAGGGCUGGACUGGCAAUCUGGCAUACCGGGCAGUUUCCCAGUGGGCUGACACACAUUGGGGCCGAUCAGGGGCGGACUGUCCAUCGGGAGAACCGAGCGGGCUGGUGGGUCGCCCGUGAAAUGGGCCGAAUGGGCCGUGAUAAGCUAAAAUGAGCCACUGCGUUAUGCAAACGGACCACAAAACGGCGCUGCGAUAUGCAGAAAAGGACAGUGAACACCCCCCGCCCCCCUUCUUUGGGCCACUUGCCAUGUAAAAUCCCAGGCCGAUUUCUCUUCCCAGUCCAGCCCUGAAUGUGACAUAGACAUAAUUUUGGGAUAUUCACCCGUGUAUGGGUGGUGAGGUUAGAGGUCCUCUUAAUGUGACAGAGAAUAUACAUUCAGGUCAAACAGAGUUUUAUUGUCCUGUAAAUGCCAAUUCAGUUUCCCACUCGAUCAGUAAUCAUGUUGGAUCCACAUCAAUAACUAGAACAGGCGAAGAAUUGUUUAGAAAUCCACAUCACAUUUUGCAAUUUCUUGCAAAUAAGUACAAUAAAAGGGGAUACAGUAAUGCGUGAUUGAGUGUAUGUGCCUGUGUGUUUGUUUGUGUGUGGAUGUCAUUGCAGCUUGAGUAAUAUCAUUGAACUACAAUGUGCUGCAGGCUAAUAUUGUUUAUAACUAGCCAGUGAGCUUGUGUAAAGCAAUCGUGACAACUGGCGCUUAAAUUCAUGCUGCUAUUAAUAUUAGCCAGCUCUCCUUUAGGCAAUGCUAACGUGUCGAGAAGCGUCACUCUUACUCUGUGAAGAGUUUUGCUCUAUUGUUUGAGGUGGUGAUUCACUUUUGAAUGUUAAUUUAUGUUCAUUAGAGGAACCUAUUAUACUAGCUGUAUCUGAGGUGUUUCUGUUGCUCCUGAUUUUGUUUUUGUCUCUUUUUUGGAUUUUUGGACCUAAAAUGAUGAUUGUACAGUUUGCUCUUCAAUCCUCUGAGGAUCAUACACCUAUGUAUUUCUUGACAUUUGUGCUGGUUGUCUUGUAUUCACAAGCUAUAGUGAGCAGUACACCUGUCAGGGGUUUAGCAGUUAACAAUCAGCCAGAUAAACUAAAGAUUACAUCCAUUUGGUUUGGUAUCAGGUCUUUUUAUAAUUUCGUGUAUGUGUUUUGUUCCAUGUAUAGCUCUCUAAAUGUACAGAUCCGAACUUGCUAGAAUUACAUACUGUCCCGAAAAUGCCCCAAAGCCCAAUAUUUGUGGUGAUAGCAUUUAUUUAAAGAGUCUGAAUUUUUUUAAGAAGAUUGACUAAAUUUGCACAUUUGUAUUAAUCAAAUAAAUCUGGCACCUUUUCCUUUAAAGUUUAUUUUGACAUAUGUUCAUUAAAUUUUCUGUAAUUUUCUAAAGAUGCACAAUUUAGGGUGUAAUUUAAGGGCAAUCUUUGUGUUUUUGUCACUUUAUUCAAUUUGAUUGUAUUGGUUACAUGUUACCCCCUUUAUGACAUCAUCUUUCUGUUGAUGUUUGGACAAAAUUAAGAUCAUCUUGUAUGAAUAAGUGAACCACUUAUGCUAUCCCACAUUUCUAUAAUUUAUCCUUGUAAUGAAAUCUCUGUAACACUUUACAAUAAGGUUAUAUACAGUAUGUUAACAGUUAAUGCAUUCGAUACAAUGAAGUAACAAUAAUUUUACAGCAUUUAAAGGUGCACUCAGUAUUAGUUUUUUUAUUUGUAUGAAUUUUAUGAAUAGUAAUUUUUAAACAUAAACAGUAUAUAAAAUCAUGAGCACUCACAUGAAAUGAAGAUACUAGUCACAUCAGUAACCUUAUAAAAGCUGUUUUAUUCUACAUGGAGAGGGUCCCCUCGUGGGGGCUGCCAUGUUGAGAUCACAUCUACUACUCGCUUAAUUUCAGGAACUGCUCUGUUAUUGGACACUUUCACUCUUGGAUUAAAUGAAUCAUGUCUGACUGUGGAUAGUGAAUUUCUACAAUGGCAUCUGUGACAGAAAACUAUUGAUUUUGUAUGAUGCUGCAUCCACGCCAUUAGGUGUCACUGCAAGUUCUAGAUGUCAAGUAAAAAGCUACUGAGUGCACCUUUAAUAAUCUUGGUUAAUGCUAAUUUCAGAUAAUACAUUGUAUAUUAUUUGUUUGUGUUAUCUGUAAUGCAUUAGCUAAAGCUCAUAUUAGUUUAAUUUAAAAAAUGUGUAUGUUGAAUUUAACAUUAACCAAGUUUAAUAAGUGCUAUAAAAGUAUUGUUCAUUGGUUAACUAAUUUUGUUUACUAAUGUUAACGAAUACAAUCUAUGUUUUAUAUGUUUUGUGGGGUAACUAUAUGUGGGAUCAGGGAUUGCAUAAAUUCACCCCCACCUUGAAUCGUUUAAAUUUGAAUAUCAGAUCUGAAUAUUUUUUCAGUUAUAAUAAUAUUCAAUAGUAAUGAAAACAAAACCUUUUUUUUUAUCUUAUAUUUACAAUUCCAAUAUUCUUGGAAUUGCUUCUUUAUCCUAGUAAUUGUUCUUUCCUGUUAAGCAUUUAUGACCAUUGUGUUUCGUUCACUCAUUACCCAUUGGUGAACAGUGGGACCAAACUGAUAGUUGAAUCAAAAAAGGUAUGAUUCCUCUUUCCCAGGAUUCAGUUAAGGGCUGAGUUGUUAAAUGAAUCAGUGAUUCAGUGAGUCCAUGAGGUCAGUAGUGAAAAAAUUGGCUUGGCUUAUUGUGGCAUUCUAUUUUUGACUCAAACUCAUGUUUGAUUGUUUUUUAUCUUGAAGUCUGUGAUAAAUUUAUGAAUCUUUGUUUUGUCUGAGUUAAAGAUGACUGUGUCAAUAAACUUUGCAGAUGUGUUUCAGUGAGUGGGGUGUUGAUCAUUCAAUUCAAUAACAUGAUAUUUAUUCAUAUUCACAUUUAUUGGGUUUAAAAAUGUGAUGCCACUAGUGAAAAUUUUUCUAUUUAGCAUGCUUUUAUAAUUUAAUGCAACAUUUUUAUUAAAGAUUUAUAUUAUCAGCAUAAUAAUGUGCAACAAGUUGACAGCAAAUACUAAGAAUUUCUUUAUA